CUCAUCAGCACCAGUUGUAUCGAGUUCUGACCAGCCAGAAUAGAAAAUCGUGUUCCUUAGUAGACGAUCGCCGUGAUUGGCAUUUGGGAAAGUCUUCUGAACUCGUAGUCUGCACAUUUAAAUCAACCUUUGUAGGCUUUUGCAGGGCAAUAUUGGAAAGACCUUUGAAAAUGACUCCUCUUUUAACUUUGUUGUUGCUGUUUUUGAGGACUAUAGAGUCUCGUCAUAUUGUGUCUGGGCAGGCAAGGCUGAGUAAGGAGAGGACUGCCCUAGGCACAGAGUUGAACCGGGAGGCAGGUGAAUUGACCCAAGAGGAUUUUGUCGCACGGGUGAGUCCUCACCACGGUGAAUCUAUCACGAUAAAGGAAUCCAUAAAUCAGAAUUUCGACAAACCCCCCAAAAGAAUUCCCCGAGGCGCCAAAGAUGGGAGCCCAAAGAAACGGGACCAGCAUUCUCCUCAUAAUUACCGACACCCUAGACCUUAUGAUCCGGACGGUUACUUUACGACACCUAGCAGCGCACAUAAUUCCGAUGGUGCUGUCCGGGGAAACUCCUCUAACAAAGGAACUGUGCUCCUUCAUAACCCACUCUACCCUGUUACCGAGAGCUCCUACGGGGCUUACACGGUCAUGUUACUGGCUCUCAUCCUGUUCGCCGUGGGUAUAGUGGGAAACCUAGCGCUCAUGUGUAUAGUGUGGCACAAUUACUACUUGAAGAGCGCUUGGAACUGCAUCCUGGCCAGCUUGGCUUUCUGGGACUUUCUGGUGCUGUUCUUCUGCUUGCCCGUCGUCAUCUUCAACGAACUCACCACGAAAAGGUUGCUAGGUGACCUCUCGUGUCGUUUAGUGCCGUACUUGGAGGUCACCUCUCUGGGCGUGGCCACCUUCAGCCUGUGCGCCCUGAGCAUCGACCGUUUCCAUGCCGUCACGGCCGCCCCACCCCUCCGCGCCGGCCCGCGAGUGGAGCCCUGCCAGUCCAUCCUGGCCAAGCUGGCCGUGGUGUGGCUGGGCUCCAUGCUGCUGGCCGCGCCCGAGCUCCUGCUCUGGCAGCUCAGCCAGGAGACCCUCAGCACCCUGCCCUCCGCCCGCGACACCACCCCCCGUCUGGGGCCCCUCGCUGGGCUGAGGGCUUCCAGGGACGGAGGGCCUCUUGGGGGCGUGCAGCAGCCCCAGCCGGGGGGCCCCCUGGUGGACAUGUGCGUCCGCAGGCCCUCCUUGGACCUGCCGGAGUCGGUGUACUCCCUGGUGCUAACCUACCACGAGGCGCGCAUGUGGUGGUACUUUGGUUGCUACUUCUGCUUACCCUUGUUGUUCACGCUGGCUUGCCAGUUGGUGACGAGGCAUGUGGCGGCGCAGGAGGCGCUGCGGGGAGGAGCCGGCUCCGGCGGCACAGCCGGCAGUCACUCCUCCUCUUCCUCCUCUUCCUCCUCCUCUUCGCUGAAGAACAAGCAGCGUGUCCGCUGGGAGCAGCGUCUGAGCUCCACUGUGGUGGCGCUAGCCGCCAUCUACGCCGGCUGUAACCUACCCGAGAACGCCUGCAGCAUCGUCCUGGCGUACCUCUCCGCCCCUGUCUCCACGGCCACUGAGGCCCUCCUGGCUCUAAUUGGCCAGUUCCUGCUGUUUGUGCGUUGCUCGGCGACGCCGUUGGUUCUGCUGUGUCUGUGCCGCUCGCUUGGCCGGGCCUUCAUGGACUGCUGCUGCUGCUGCUGCGACGAGUGUCUCCCAGACGCCUCCUCCACCACGGCCCCCUCCACCUCCGCCUCUGCCCUCUCCUCCCCUUCGUCCCUCUCCCCCCCUUCCUCUCCCUCUCCCCCCCCCUCCCCCUCCACUCCCUCCCCCAAGAAAGACAAGCUGAAGAUCGGGUCCGGGACUUCACCAACGAUCUACUUUGACAAGGCGAAGGAAGCGUCCUCUGUGCUGGCUAUCGGUACUCCCUGCUGAGGCCUUAGGCCUCUAGCUCGGCCCCAGCCGAGGGCAGCUCAGCUGGGGACACAGUCAGGAAGCUGCCCUGCUCCUCCAUCUUGGCCACACUGGAUGGGCCGGGUCCACAUAGAGAGGCAGCCUGCUGGACGUUUUGGGCUCAAAUCUUUUCUAGAGAGACGAUGUUCAGUAGUUAGGGUUACAGACUUGCAGUGAAUGAACAUUCUCUUCUAUGACUUUGGUUUGUUCUAGUUUGGUUUGACUUUGAAAUGUAUGUAGAUAUGUCAAUCAAAACUGUACAUUUGUCGCUGAAUACGAGGACAAGCUGAAUUAUCUCAAAACUUUGAACUUUGAAAACUUAUCUCUUCUAUGACUUUGGUUUGUUCUAGUUUGGUUUGACUUUGAAAUGUAUGUAGAUAUGUCAAUCAAAACUGUACAUUUGUCGCUGAAUACGAGGACAAGCUGAAUUAUCUCAAAACUUUGAUCAACAACUAAUUUUGAAAGGUCACUGACUUUUUUGUAUGAGUUUUUAUGAAAAAAAGAAAACAAUGAUGUUGGCCAGCUGUGGGUCAUUUAAGCAGAGUUGAAGAAGUCAAAGGGACUGUGGGCUGACUGUUCUCUUUACGCACGCCUUCGCGGAAUCUUCCAGAACCCAAGGAAUGUGAACCAGUGACACACGGCGUCAAAGUUUGUCAUAAUAUUCAUCACUGGUGAUUCAGUUUACAGUCAAUGUUCUGUCGGGGUUUAAUCAGUGAACUCAACUCAGUCAAAGGUCUUUCACUUAAACAACUCAAUUCAUGUUGGAGUUAACCCUCGUGAAUUUGUGAGGACAAGUCAGUUUUUAAGGGCUGUGGGAAUAAUUUAAAUUGUCUGGGUGCAGCGUUUCUCAAUAUUUUGUCCUUCAAGACCCACAAAACAAUUUCAGUCUUGAAACAACAUCAGAUACGGACACCUAUGUCAGUCUAUUUCUUGUUUUCCAGUUCCAAGCCCUUUCUCAGUUUUCUGUAGCCUAGCAGACAGGGAGGUCAGACCACUAGAAAACUAUGGUAGCUAUUUCUCUCGUGUAAGAUUUCUAACAUCUACUAAACAUACUAUUUUCACAUAUCAUGUAGCGAGGUUACCACCAAUGCAUUUCUAACCAGUAUUCAACAACAAAGUUUAUCAACCUUUGAAACAAAUUAUGUAAGAAUAAUGUUAAUAUGAACUGGAAAAGCUUGUUACUUUACACAAGAUCAGAGUUUGAAAACCUGUUUACAACUUUGACUCAUUCCAAUAUACAUAUACAAAGUGAUACCCCCUGUCACAGGAAAAUCUAAACUGAAAAAAACAUUUCUUCCCAACUGUGGAAAUGCUAAUAUUACUCAAAUAUGAUAUCACACCUGACAAUGGUAAGUACCCUGGCAUUGUGAAUAUACCUGUUGAAUUCCAAAUAACAUACUGUAUUUAGUAGAGAUGUAAUAUUGAUAGUAUAUUUUUGGUAAUUUUUGUACUCAGUUCUCUUCCCAAUAAACUCUGAGGCUGA